GAAAGUGAUUUAAUUUCAUUUUUCGAAACAUAUUGAACAUUUUGUUCUAGUUCGUAUUACAUAUUUGCUGCGAACAUCGAAACAAAACCGAUAUUAAUUUUGAUGGUCUUUCUUGGGAGAGUUGUAUGAAAGAAUUCAGGGCACCCAUCGCAAUUCAUAAGUGAUGAGUCUUGGUACCGAUAACUGUGAGAAGAAAAGAAACAGCAUGAUCGUCAAUCGUCCCAAUGUUGGUUGAAUAGCGGUAGUGUUGGUGAAAAUUGUGAAAAUCGAAUGAAUGAAAGGAAUAAAACAAAAAUUUUGUGCGUGUCGUGUUUAUGAACAGGUCAUAAUCAUAAAAUGACAUUCGGGAGUUGAUAUUCUUACUGCUAGUGUAAGAAAAAACAUGAAGAAAAUUAUGUGUAAACAACACCGAGUACACGAGAGUCGAGAGUGACAAGAAUCGAAAAUUGCUACUGUGAUACAAUGUUUUAAUGUGUUUGAUAUUUUGACAUCAAAAUUAGUACGAACAAAGCAUAAGCAGAAUUCCAAACAUGACAAAACAUCAAACAUCAAGUUUUGAUUACCAGCAACAAUCUUGAGCAGUUAUCCGUGAUUAACAAUACGAAAGUGCAACGGGCUACUGAACAACAUAGUUUGCUAUAACGGUGUGUUACAUAAACGUAAUAUACCUGGCCUCUUCGAAAAACGAUAAUGCAAAUUUAAACGGUGAUAAAGUUUGUGUUACUAAAAAGACUACUAUAUUGUUACUAUCUUCGUUCACACUACUUCCUGAUUGCAAUGAGGGACCACGAAAAGAAGCGCUGCAACUUUGGCUAGCGAUCGUUGUGUAUAUUCCGGUGCAAUUCAACAAAUUCCAAAGCAGCAUUAAGAUAUGGGAGAUGCUAAGGUAAAACAAUCUUAUUUUGGCAACCAGCCCCAACAAAAACAGCAACAAGAAACCCCUACCGAGUCUAUUGCAACAGCAUCAACUAUCCCGGAUGCACAAAAACCAAGCCCUUCAGGACUUAAAAGUGGUUUUAAGGAUGAGGCCAGAAGUUCCAGUAAAUAUGAACAACUCAAGGUUCGCAAGGCCGAAUUGGAGAAAAAGCUCAAUGAAAAAUAUGCUCAGCUGCAGCAAGUUAAACGUGAAGAGGCUCAACUUAUUGGAAUGUAUCCGAGUGAUUUCAGCGCAGGCGUUGGAAGUCAAGAUCAGAAUGGAGCUGCGCCCACCUUAAGGCGGAAAAUUGGUACAAGUUUUAAGCUUCCCGAAAAUUUACUGAAUAAUAAAGAAGAUGACAUAAACAAGCUUCUCCUAGAGAAGCAGAUACAACAGCAGAUAUCGGAAGCAUCGCUUAGGUUGGCCAACGAUACUUCUCAGUCAAAAUCAGUUCGAAGAACCCAUAAGCAGAGCUACGAAAAUGCCCAGCAGAAACUGUUGGCCAUAAAUCAAAAUUUAAGCGUGUUAAAAAAACGCCAGCAGCAAGCCACCGAACAACAGAAGUCUCCUCCAGCCACACGGGACGACAUCGAUCUUCAUAAGAGCAACAACACAAAUCGAUUUCGCUCCAACAGUAAUAGCAGCAACAUGAUGAUGAACGCUUCAGAACGACGGAACUCUGUUAAAUCUAAUACAUCAUCGAAUCAUUCCAAUAGUGUGAAUAGUUCAGUGGGAUCCGCAACAAAACAGCAAUUACUAGUGCAAAUUCCAGGACAACAAACUGCACUCUAUCACUCUCAGCAGAUUUCGCCGUAUUCGAUACACUCAGGGAUGCUUUGUGUGAUGCCGUCUGGAUCACAAAGCAUGACCCCAGCUGCGUCUGCUGCUAUGGUCUCCCAGUUAAGCAUGCUUCGGCAUCGAGCUCGUCAUGACAGUUUUAGUGGCAUAGUAAGCUAUGACUUAGCCGGAACAGCAACUGUUGAAGCUGCUAAAAUGUCACCUGUUGGUAGUGGACAUCAUCAUCAUUCUCAUAUUCAUCAGCAUUUUCAACAAUCGCACUCACCUCAAAGUGGAACUAGCCGAAUGAACAAGAUGAUGCACCAGCAACUUCACAAUUAUAAUUCUUCUCCGCCGGUGCAUCACGGGCAUAGUGGAAGUUCUGGAUACGUACUAUUAUCUCCGGGAGGUGCAUCGUCUGCUGUAACACCUGAUCAAGCUUUUGUGUAUGAUGCAAAGGUGAUAUCAAGAUUACAACCUCCUCCGCCUCUGCCUCCUUCCGCGUCAACAACUUCCUCAAAAAAUUUUCCUCAUGGUACUGGAAGUAAUCAUGAAAUAAACCAAGAGAUAACGGCUGGGCUCGGAGGUUACUGGAUGAUGCUGGAUACUGGUGAAAAAGUGUGGUGUGCAGUAGACAAUCGUUUCGCCAGUUUGGAUCGUAAGCAAGGUGGUGGCAGUAUGAAAUUGUCGCGUUCCAGGUUAAGUCAUUAUUCGCAUGCUGCCCCUAUUAAAAGCAACUCCAUGGGAAAUUUUGAUUUCAUCAAUAAGCAGCAGCUGCAAAUGGAUGAUUCUAUCCAACCCGACGCAAUUUCAGUAACUUCAGCAUCCAGUGAAAAUAAACGACGGGAAAAAGUGUGGCGAGAAACAUCGCUGGACAGUCCUGUUGUGAAACACAAGAUAUUGCCGCCACCUUCACCGCCUAUGAUGAAUCCUCCUGCGCUGCCAGCAUAUCCUUCACCACCACCACCACCACCUCCUCCAAUUAGUCAAACCUCAGCAUCAAUCCAAACUCCUCUGCAUAUUAAUGUCGAAGGUAGCUACUCAAUGUGUUCAUCGUCGCCGUUGUUGCUCUCACCGCAACAAAUGCGAUACUAUCAGCAGAAGCAACAACAAAUUAUAGAACAGCAACGUCAGCAACGACUCAGAAUAAAACAACUUGAAGAACAAAAACAACAAGCCUAUCUCCGAGAACAGCAGCAACAACAGCAGCAAUAUCUACGACAAAAGCUAAUCCGUUCACCAUUGCAACCUCACAAGCACCAGAACAACUAUUCACAACCUACUCAGCAGCAUCUAGACUUGCUUCCUCAGGUUUCACACUUCUAUGAUCAACAAAAUCACAAUCUUCCACUGCAUUAUCAUCAGUCGCAUCAUGCCCAAAAUAGUCUUUCUCCCCGACAUCCGGAUCUAUUGACUUCACCAACGCUAUCAGCUUCUUCAUCGAAUACGUUAACGUCUCCAACGCAGCUACAACAACAAUGUUCUGUCUCUCCCACACCAUCAACGUUAACGAACACCUCUCCGGGUGCAUCGUGUGCUAUGCCUGUUGGAAAAGCUAUCACCAUCUACUCCACGGCGGAUAUUCAAACCGAGUCACCGAAAAACGUAACUGUGGUCCAGCAAGGAAAGAUUCAACCCUACAAGGAGGUAACCAAACCUUUCGAAAUGUCCGAUUUUUACAAAUAUUCGACGAAGUAUCGACAGAAGCAGCAGCAACAGCAGCAGCUGCAACAGCACGACGGUCAAAUUAGUCCCAACGGAAAUAGUUGCGCAGCCACCGGUGUCGGAAACGAAGUGAUUCAAAAAACAAUCUACCAACCCCCGAAUCCGUCGAUAUGCCACCCAAUUAACUACAACUGAUUCGGUGUACCUAUCUAUGUGAAUUUCAAAGAUGUUUCGUUACAUGAAAUGCAAACUAACAUGUGCCUCUCUCCUACAAUUCGAUAGCAAUUUGACGCGUUACCUAAAGCUUUACUUAUACAUUUGAAUUGAAAAUUCACCUAAAAAACCUUGUUUCAAAGUCUUUGCCUCUAACUCUGCCCUACUCGCGGGAGCCAUUCAAAUAUUUCAGCAGUUAUGUUCCAUUAUUUGUCUUUGUGAAAAUGUCUAUGGUCAAGAUAGUUUCGGUAAAUAAUAAAGAGAUAUAGGGCAGUUCAGCGAGGCUUAUGUAUGCAGUUUUCUCAGUUUUUCAAUAACAGUGACUUUUUAGUUUUUACAGUGAUUAUUGACUGCUUAUUAGAGAAAAAGCCUUCAUCUGAUCCAGUGUUCCACAAAUAAAAAAUGUAACUUAUGUGCUAAAACUUGCCAGCUUUCCAGAUAUCACUUCCUAGAAGUGGUAAGCAGUUAAAUGUCAUAGGCUUUUUCGCAUUUGAGAAACGAUUGUUGCAAAACUAUUUGACACAAAAUUUUGUCUAUAUAUUUUAAAAAUCUAGGAACGGGAUUGGGUGUUUAACUUCUACCCAGACUUAUUCUAUUUGACAAAAUUAUAGAACUUGUUUAUGGAUUUUGAACCAUUUCACAAUCGUGAUUGUGAUUUCUAUUGUAAACCGAGAACCGACACUAAAAUUGUUUCUAGAGUUAUUUCGAAAUUUGACAUCCGUUAUGCUAAUACAAGAUAAGUUUGCCUACGAUUCUCAAAUUUAAACAUUAUUAAAUUUGAAAUACUCAAAAAAAAAACUGCGCUUGAUGUGAUUUAUUUCCCACAUGCUCGUUUUAUAUAGAUUCAUACAUUGUUUUCUUUAGAAUAUUCCCUGUUUCAAAAACAAUUUAUAUUUUGAGAUGCAAUAGUACUAGAAAUGUGUUCUGAAACAAAAAUUCUAAAAAAAACAAGGGGGUUUGAACCAAAUCAGAUGGAUCAUCACUUAAGCACUUAAGUUGGUACACAGGCAUAAAACAAAACUUCAUGAUUGGUUGUUCGAAAAGGCACGUAAUUAUCUAACAAAUAAAACUUUAAAAAGCGCAUAUCGCUUAGCAUCAAACUGAGACAUUUUAAGCAUUGAUUCAUCGAUACAGUUUACCGUGAUAUUUGAGUAAAUACGAAUACGAAACGCAAAGCUAAUUUCAAUUAAAUAGAGCUAAAAGGCUGUUACUCAAGAAUUUAAAUAAAUGCCAACAAAACAUCCGUGUACUAGAAUAUUCCAUAGAGAGAAGACUGUCAAAUAAUUUUUUUGUCGAUGAUGCCGAACAACAGACUAUACGUUGUCUAGCUAAAUAAAUUAGGCCUGCAAUAAAAAAAUUCUGCAAUUAAUUUCGUAAUUGUAUCAAAACAGUCUAUGAGCGAGCCGGUCAUACUCAACUGAACGAUGUGUAUAUUUAUUCCAUGUCAUGUAACCCUAAAACUUUUGUUUAUAGUUUAGCGACCGUAUUUCGAUUUUCUUCUAAACAACGUCGUAGGUUAUAAUGUAGCUAACUGGUUAUAAGAACGUGACUUCCUGAUAAUAUGAUCAGGAUGAUGAUGUUAUAAAAAGCGAUUUACGAUAUGAUAUGACGCUAAGCUUAUAUGUCAAACUCUCAAACUGCUUUAAUCACAAUUUAAACCCUACAUAUGAAAAUGAAGCAUAAACAAAAAAGUAAAACUAAAUUUAAAAGUACCUAUAGGCGCAUUGUUAGAUCUAGUUAACAAUUUAAAUGGUCAUAAAACUUGCACAAUGUUUUUUUCUUUGUAAUAUAGUUAAAGGAUAUAAUACGAGUUGAAACAGAUUCGUAAUAGGUAUAUGCAAUUAUUGUAAGCUAUAUAUUUACAAAAACAAUAAAAUAUAUCAGACUGUAAUAUACAAUGCGUACAUCAAUAUCAGAAAUUGAUUCUUAUGGUUUUUAUUAAUCGAACAAAUUGUUACACAAAAUCGUAGUACGAAGAAUCAUUGUAAGUGCAUUGAGCUUUAUUUUGUAUUGGUUAAUUUGUUUUAAGAUAUCUAUUAAGGUAGCGGAUAAUGAAAAAGGUAUGAUUCGACAUUGAGUAUGUACCGCAAAUUAAUGGAAACUAGAAGAACAGCAUAUUUUGUAAAAGGUAAAAAUCAUGCCAAUGU